AAAUUACGGUAGCCGUAAUGUAACCAUAAAAAUGAAAACGGCAAAUAUCACUUCCGGCACAUGUACUAUUUACACACACUACAGCCAGAUUGGUUCUUUGACGACCGAAUCGAAAUCACUUGACCCUGGGCCUGGCCAGCUGUAUCUCCACCCCCACCCCUGCAGAUUGUAAAACUCCUCGGCUCCACUGUAUGACUACCGGCGCUGAAUUCUUAAUACACCCCCCUCUCUCUCCUCUCUCUCUCUCUCUCUCUCUAAAAUCGAAAUUCCAAUGCUGUAGUUUUCGACACACCCAUUGAACACACACCAAAAACACACAGGCAUUGUACUUUUUUACAUGACGUCGACCAGCUAUAGUCCAUCGAGAACCCCCGGAAUCUCCAGGAUGCAAUUCGGCGGUUCCAUCGCUUCUCGGCUGAGAUCCUCCUCUUUGAAGAAGCCGCCUGAGCCGCUUCGCCGCGCUGUUGCCGAUUGUUUGUCCGCCGCUGCUCCGUCGCAGGUCGAAGCUUCCAGGACGUUACGGGAUUACCUUGCAUCACUUGCAACAGUUGACCUGGCAUAUGGCAUGAUUCUAGAACACACACUUGCGGAGAAGGAACGCAGUCCUGCUGUGGUUGGAAGGUGUGUGGCGCUUCUGAAACGAUAUCUUUUAAGAUAUAAGCCCAGUGAGGAGACAUUACUACAGAUCGAUCGAUUUUGCACAAGUAUAAUUGGAGAAUGUGAUGUGGGCCCUUUCCGAAAAUUGGCACCACCAUCUACAAAUGUAAAUCUUUUGCCUGUGUCGGGUUAUGCAUCCGGCGGCGCACUUAUGAAAUCUUUAAAUUAUGUUCGCUCUUUAGUGGCUCAAUAUAUCCCAAAGCGCUCAUUUCAACCAGCUGCCUUUGCUGGAGCUGCACCUGCAUCAAGACAAUCCCUACCAACAUUAUCAUCUUUAUUGAGCAAAUCAUUCAAUUCCCAAUUAAGUCCGGCAAAUGCCAAGGAAUCUUUGGAGAAGAAGGACACAUCUGUAGCAUCUAUAUCUGACUCUCCAAUUGCUGAAGAAGUUGAUGAAGUUGGAGAUCUAGAGUUUAUGGCACUUGAUGCUUUCAGAUGGCGUUGGUCUGGAGACCAACAUUCAUCACUUCUCUUGCCCAAAAGCGAUCACAUUCUGAAUCUCCAAGACAUUCGCACUCAUAAUUUCCUAGAAGUAGGUGCAGCCGCUCUUCUUGUUGGGGACAUGGAAGCGAAAAUGAAGGGUGAAGCUUGGAGAAUUUUUGGAAGUGCAGACAUGCCUUACCUUGAUCAAUUGUUGCAGCCUUCAUUACUGACUACUGUCACCAACUCAGCUUCAGCUUUUGCACACUUGACAGCAAUAACAGCGCUAAAACGCUCCAAACCAGCCGCUAAUCAAAUUUGGGAGGAUUCUCCUAUGAGCACAUUUCGGCCACGUGCAAGACCACUCUUUCAAUAUCGACAUUACAGUGAACAACAACCCUUGCGGCUGAACCCUGUGGAGGUGUAUGAGGUUAUUGCUGCUGUUUGUUCUGAGGCAUCUUCUGCCACUUCCAGUCACCUGACAGUCUCAUCUAAAUUAAGACAAAGUGGAAAGCCGUCUAUGGAUGUAGCCGUGAGCGUUCUUGUAAAACUUGUAAUUGACAUGUAUGUUUUGGAUUCUGAGACUGCUGGUCCUCUCUCUCUAUCCUUGCUAGAGGACAUGCUAAAUUCUCCUAGCUUGAUGUCAAAGACUCGAGCUUUUGAUUUAAUUAUUAACCUUGGAGUGCAUGCACAUUUAUUGGAGCCACCAGCUCGUGAUGAUUCCUCUAUAAUUGAAGAACAGUAUUCCCAGGAAGCAUAUUUUGACAAUGGAACUCAAGUUUCUUCACAUGGAAAUAUAAAAUCCAACUCUCUCAAGAAAACAGGAAAUUCCUCGGCUAUUGAUACAUUUGAGUGUUGGAUUCUGGGCAUUCUCUUUGAGGUUCUUCUUCAUCUUGUUCAGAUGGAAGAGAAAGAGGAGGCUGUGUGGGCUUCUUCCUUAAGCUGUUUACUAUAUUUCGUCUGUGAUAGAGGCAAAAUCCGACGGAGCAGAUUGAAAGGUCUUGAUAUUAGAGUUAUUAAGGUACUCAUGCAGAUCAGUAGAAGAAACUCUUGGGCGGAAGUAGUUCAUUGCAAACUUAUAUGUAUGAUGACAAACAUGUUUUAUCAAGUGCCAGAGGGACCUGAUAAAGUUGUUUCAGCUACCCCUUUGUUUCUUGUUAACCAAGUUGAUCUGAUUGGCGGAAUUGACUUUAUAUUUGGGGAGUUGGUUCUUUCAAACUCGAGGGAAGAGAGAAGAAAUCUAUAUCUGGUGCUUUUCGACUAUGUAUCACAUAAAGUAAAUGAGGCAUGUAUAGCUGCUGGAGUUUCAGAGUAUAGUGAUGAUGAGGUUCGACCUAUUGCUGUCUUGCUUGUGCUUGCAGACGCACCCGAAGCGCUGCAUAUUUCGGUCAAGUUGAGUGUUGAAGGUAUUGUGGAACUAUUGAGGAGAUCAAUUUCUACUGCACUGUCCACAUAUCCUAAUAAUGAUCGGCUUUUGACGCUUUUGGAGAAGAUAGUAGAGAAGUUUGACACACUCAUAGGGUCAUUUACUCAUGUAGACAAAGAGUUCACCCAAAUGAUUCAGAUCACGAAAUUAUUCAAAUCUUCUGAAAGCAUUGGUGAAGUUCCUGGAAACAUUUCUACUUUGAAUGCGAAGCUCUCUUGGACCACUCUACAUUCUCUUCUACACUCUGAAAGGAAAGCUAAUCGCCACAAUGGGUAUUUGUGGUUGGGGGACUUGCUGAUUGCUGAAAUCAGUGAGGAAGGUGAUCUGAGUCUCUGGUCAAGCAUUAAAAACUUGGAGAAGAAAAUUUUGCUUGCUGGUGUUAAUGAUUAUUCAGCCUCUUCAGAUGUUCCUUUACCAAUCUGGCUCAUGUGUGGGCUCCUCAAGUCCAGAAAUAGCCAUAUCAGAUGGGGCUUUUUGUUUGUUCUGGAGAGGCUUCUGAUUCAGUGCAAAUUUUUGCUAGAUGAGAAUGAAGUCCAGCAUGUAAUGCGUAGUCAACCUUCGGCACAUAUACAUGACAAGAGUCGUCUUGAGAAAGCGAAUGCUGUGAUAGAUAUCAUGAGCUGUGCCUUAUCUCUGAUGGCUCAAAUUAAUGAAACUGAUCGAAUGAAUAUUUUGAAGAUGUGUGAUAUUCUAUUAUCUCAACUGUGCUUGAAAGUUGCGCAUUCUCCUGUGAUGCCAUUUGGAGAUAUAAUGCACAUUAAAGAUUCUAGUACUUCAGAAAAGAUGACUAAGGGAGAUGGAGCAGAAGGUUUAUCCCUAAAGGAGAACCCCAGUCGUGGUGAUUUCAGUGGAGACCCUAAAACAAAUUUUGGGAAAAAUAUGCAUACUCCAAUUCGUGAUACUGCAUCCAUGGCAGCGCUGCUUCUUCAUGGACAUGCUAUUGUUCCCAUGCAAUUGGUUGCUCGUGUUCCUGCUGCAUUAUUUUAUUGGCCUUUGAUCCAGCUAGCUGGUGCUGCGACAGAUAAUAUUGCUUUGGGCGUCUCUGUUGGUAGCAAAGGAAGAGGAAAUCUUCCAGGUGGCACAUCAGAUAUAAGAGCUACACUUCUCUUACUUUUAAUUGGUAAAUGUACAGCAGAUCCCGCUGCUUUCAAAGAUGUUGGUGGAGAAGAAUUCUUCAGGGAAUUAUUGGAUGAUACAGAUGCAAGAGUGGCAUAUUACUCUUCAACCUUUCUUUUGAAGAGAAUGAUGACAGAGGAACCAGACAGUUACCAACGCAUGCUUCAUAGUCUUGUUUCAAAGGCUCAGCAGAGCAACAACGAGAAGCUAUUGGAAAAUCCAUACCUACAGAUGCGUGGCUUGCUUCAGCUGUCAAACGAAUAACUAUCUUUCCCACUUUCAGCUGUCAAAAGCAUCGCUACUUUUUGGCUGGUGAUUUAGCAAUUUGCUGCUCAUUACUCCUGAUGUGCAAUGCCUCACAAAAAAUAUGGUGACAGUUAAUGGUUAUGCUGUGAAAUAGCCGCAGCCUCAGUUCUAUCAUGAUCGGAAUGAAUUCGAUGUUCAGCUCCCAAUUGUGAUAUUAUUUUAGAUGCCUUAGGAUGGGUUGUCUGCUACACGUAUGUUUCAAGAGCUUUUUCUUAAAUUAUGGUGGAGGCCAGCAAACACUUAAGCCUAAGAAGUGCUGAGAAAGCCUACCUGGAAAUGAAGAAAAGCUAUUUAUAUUUCUGAAUUUUGUGACGGCUGCACAUGUGAAGAGAAAGAGCUGCUUUUGUAUGCUGAAAUGUGUCAAAAAUCUGGUUUUCAAGCCAACUUGAGUAGUUGCAGUUUUUGGGAAUGCAUAUGAGGAACACUAAUAAGUCUUUGAAGUGGAGAAAAUGUAUGGUUUGUUGUCCUUUACUUAUAUGAAGAACAAAAUUCUAAGGUUCAAUAUACUUCUAGUGGUGCGUUUCGGAAGGUUUGCCUUUUAGAUCCAAAGGAGCACCGUCAUCCGGCUGGAAUAUCUGUAUAGGAAGCGUGUCUUAUGUUCCUCGUGUAGUUUUUGUUUUUCAAUUUUUUUUUUCUUUCUAAAUACAUGCUUAUUUCCCGUGAUUCUGAUUUUUGUAGUGUAAAUUUUGUUUUUACGAUAGGUUAUAAUGUAACUUCUGUUCUGUAACAUGUAAAUAUAACCGUUUUCCUAAUAUCCUUGCAAUGAAGUGUUGUUUUUUUGGAAAUUAGGUGCGGAUAUAUGUUGUAAGGACCUUAUGGGUUGACGUACUGUCUUUUGCCGAUUCCAUGGGAAUCUGGAAACGAGGUUCCUAUGGCAAUCAAUUGGCGAAGCCCGAAAACAUAACCUUGGAAUUUUAAUAUACUGCUUACUGUUUGAUG